CUGCCCUCGGCGCCGUCGCUGGUCCGUCUCUCCUCUCCCUGAAAGUGGACCUCAGACUGCAAAGCCGGGCCUUCUGGUACAGCCUGCAUGGCCAGGUGCCCGGCUUGCUGGACUGGGACAUGGGCAACGAGUGCUUUCUGACCUUCAUCACUGAGCACCUGCCCUUGGCGGAGCAGAAACUUGCAAGAUACAAGCUCCGAAUAGUCCACCCACCACGAUUUCCUCUGGAAAGAAAGCCCAACCCUGAUGGAGAUGGUCCGGAUUUUGAGCCUAACCUGUGGAUGUGGGUGAACCCCAACAUCGUGUACCCCCUCGGAAAGUUGGAAGUCGCAGCAUAUAGUAAGAAGGAAGAGCUGACAAGCACACUCUCCUCCCCUCGGCCACCCCCAAAGGAUGAAGAUGCCAGCUGCUCGGAGUCCACCGAAGUGGAAUCGCUGCCACUUUCCUCCGGCGAGCGGAGUCCUCCCCGGAAGCGGAAACGGGCCGCCCCACUGCUUAGGGAUAGCGGAAGGUCACUGGAAGAGGAGGAGGCUGAGGACCGGGAUGACAGCUCCUCUGUGGCCCUCCCGUCCCCCCACAAAAGGGCCCCCCUCCAGAGACGGAGGCUUCUGCAAGCCAACAGCCAGGAGGGGAGGCUGUGGCCCCGGCCCCCUCUCAAUUACUUCCAUCUAAUUGCCCUGGCAUUAAGAAACAGUCCCCCCCGGGGCCUCAACGUGCAACAGAUCUACAGUUUCACUCGACAACACUUCCCCUUUUUCCGGACGGCUCCAGAAGGCUGGAAGAACACCAUCCGGCACAACCUCUGUUUCCGAGACAGCUUUGAGAAAGUGCCAGCCAGCGUGCAGGGUGGGACCAGCACACGGCCUCGGUCCUGCCUCUGGAAGUUGACCGAGGAGGGACGCCGCCGCUUUGCAGAAGAGGCCCGUGCCUUGGCUUCCUCUCAGCUGGAAACCAUCCAACGGUGCAUGAGCCAGCCAGAUGUGAUACCUUUCCUCUUCGAUCUUUAACGCCGAGACACGAGAGUCCACCCGCGCCUUAUUAAAGUUACCCUCUGCAGCUUUCUGUGUGUGUGUGUGCAUGUGUACGCACCUGGUAUCCGAGGAUGGGUUGGGGUGGAGGGUGAAGUUCAGCUCUAAGGAUGAAAAUGGGAUGCCCUCAGAGCUGGGGGAUGCUUCUGAGCAAGGUGGGCAGCUGCCUGGGAUGCAGCAAAGUGAGCCCUGAGUUCUUUCCCAGAGGACAAAGUUCAGCCCUCUUCAGGGCCCUGGGGCAUC